AUGAUGAAAUUCACUCGCCAGGAUGUCAACAGACAUAACAACCGGGGAUCGUGUUGGGUCUCGAUCCAUGGGGCUGUCUACGAUGUCACAGACUUUUUGGACUCUCACCCGGGGGGUGCAGCUGUGAUUUUGCGCUGUGCGGGUAAAGACGCGACUGAAGAUUUUGACUCUGUUCACGCGGUAGAGUUAUUGAGGGAAGCACUACCUGAAACCGCACUCAAAGGCUACAUUGACUCUGCUGAGUUGGUGAAGCCGGAAAACGAACCUGAUGCAAUAGACGAGAAGCAAUCAGAGCUAGACCAUGAGGGCCUUCCGCUGUUGCAAAGUCUGAUCAAUCUGCACGAUUUCGAACGAGUUGCUGGGGAGAAGCUACGUGCCACGACAUGGGCGUAUUACUCGUCUGGUGCCGAUGACGAGAUCACGAAAAGGAAUAAUGCCCUAGCAUACCAAAAGAUCUCCCUUCGUCCACGUAUCCUGCGGAAGAUUUCUGCUGUGAAUACAGCCACUGAAAUCUUAGGGUACUCUACCACGUUACCGGUGUAUGUCUGUCCUGUGGGUCUUGCAAAACUUGCCCAUCCAGAGGGUGAGUGUGCGCUAGCAGCUGCAGCUGGCAGGGACGGACUAGUACAAGUUCUCGCGAAUGGAUCGAGCAUGCCGAUUGAGAAAGUGAUGAGGAGUCGAACCUCACCGAAUCAACCUAUUUUCCAGCAACUAUAUGUGAACAAGGACAUUCACAAAUCUGUUGAGACUGUGCGGCGAGCUGAAAGAUCUGGUGCUAGUGCUAUUUGGUAUACGGUUGACUCGCCCAUGGUGGGCAAACGUGAGAUGGACGAGCGGCUCAAUUUGAGUGUGACGGCUACCGACAGUACUGCGGAAGGACAAGGGGUAGCGAAGGUCAUGGCUAGUUCGAUAUCUCCUUUCAUCGACUGGGAGAUUCUCACAUGGCUUCGCAAACUAACGGACCUCCCUAUUGUCAUAAAGGGAAUUCAAUGUGUGGAGGACGCCUUGCUUGCCUAUGAGCAUGGUGUGCAAGGCAUUGUACUUUCAAACCACGGAGGACGCUCACAAGACACGGCACAAUCACCACUUCUGACACUACUGGAGAUUCGAAAGUUCGCGCCUCACUUGAUUGAGAACAAAAUGCAGAUCUUUAUUGAUGGUGGCAUUCGCCGAGGAACAGAUGUACUCAAGGCUAUUGCACUAGGGGCGACUGCUGUUGGAUUGGGCAGGCCGUUUUUGUUUAGUUUGUCCGGAUAUGGCGAGAAGGGAGUGCGACGGAUGAUCGAGAUUCUACGACAGGAGAUCGAAAUGAACAUGGUUUUUCUGGGAGUGACGAGCCUUGAAGAGUUGAGACCUGAAAUGGUCAACACCAGUCGUUUGGAGAAACAUUUGAUAGGUAGUGUAAAGCUAUAG